UCUGAGCUUUUUAGGUCUUGGUUUUUCUGAUGAGUGAUUUCCUGAGCAUGCCUAGGGAAUGACAGGCAUCUCCACGGGCAGGCUAUAUCCACCUCGGCCGAGGUGUCGUCAUUGGCUGCCUAUUAGAAAAACCUACAGGACAAUGCAUACCACCGACUGCCGACUGUAAACACAGGGGAUAUGUGUUCACUUAGCACCGACUUCUGGGAGGGGCCAAGGAAGGGCGGUCUGCAGUUUUAUUGAAUAGAGCAGUGUGUAUGAGCUGCCUGCCUGCCUGCCCUCUUGCUGAGCUCCUGCUUCAAGAAACCGGUCCUUCCCUUCCGACUCAGUCCCCGGGAAGAAGUUUCAGCCUAUGAGGUAUCGUUAAAACAUUCCAGGAUCAUCCGAUCGAAUUCCACAGGGAUUAGUGAUCAACAAGAAAGUUCAGACGUGAAAAUCUGAUUGCUUAUCUUGCUACACAGAUGGCCAUUUCACCUCUGCCUGACUAAUUCCAAGAACACGGGUUCAUACCUUCUCAGCAGCCUACCCAUUGUCGGAUCGUUCUGUUGGGGCUGGGACCGCUGCCUCCACACAUCAGAAUUAGCCUCUGUUCUCAGACACAGAUCUGGAAGCUAGCAGCCUGAAAUCAGUGUGUCAGCAGACAUGCUCCUUCCGAAGACUCUAGGGAAGAACUGACUCCGUGCCUCCCUGCCACCUGCUGCUGACCUCAGGGGGAGAAGGCUGAAAAACAAGAAAGAAAAUCCGACGAUUCCUUUAAGAAGGGCUCUGCUUCAACGUGCUAAGACAUCAUCUGGUCUCCCUAAACCUGAAACCACGCCAUGGAUGAUUUUGAACGUCGCAGAGAACUUAGGAGGCAAAAGCGGGAAGAGAUGCGCCUGGAAGCAGAAAGAAUCGCCUACCAAAGGAACGACGACGAUGAGGAGGAGGCAGCCCGGGAACGGCGCCGGCGAGCCCGACAGGAGAGGCUGCGGCAGAAGCAGGAGGAAGAGUCUCUGGGGCAGGUGACCGACCAGGUGGAGGUUAACGCCCAGAACAGUGUGCCCGACGAGGAGGUCAAGACCACCACGUCCAACACGCAGGUGGACGACGACGACGAGGCGGCGCUGCUGGAGCGCCUGGCCCGGCGGGAGGAGAGACGCCAGAAGCGGCUGCAGGAGGCGCUGGAGCGGCAGAAGGAGUUCGACCCCACGGUCACGGAGGCCGGGCUGUCGCCGCCCAGCGGAGGGAUGCGGAACGACGCCGCCGAGAACGACACCGCCGCGAAGGAAGAGAAAAGUGCAAGUCGCCAAGAGAGAUACGAGACGGAGGAGACGGAAAUAGUCACCAAGUCCUACCAGAAGAAUGACUGGAGGGAGGCCGAAGAGCAAAAGAAAGAGGAGGAGGAGGAAGAGGAGAAGCCAAAGCGAGGGAGCAUCAGAGAAAAUCAGAUCAAAGAUGAGAAGAUUAAAAAAAACAAAGAGCCCAGAGAAGAAGUGAAGAGUUUCUUGGAUGGAAAGAAGGGAUUUACAGAAGUGAAAUCGCAGAAUGGAGAAUUCAUGACCCACAAACUUAAACACACCGAGAAUACUUUCAGCCGACCUGGAGGGAGGGCCAGUGAGGCCAAGGAGGCCGAAGGGGCUCCCCAGGUGGAGGCGGGCAAGCGCCUGGAGGAGCUGCGCCGCCGUCGAGGGGAAACUGAGAGCGAAGAGUUUGAGAAGCUCAAACAGAAGCAGCAGGAGGCAGCCCAGGAGCUGGAGGAGCUGAAGAAGAAGAGGGAGGAGCGAAGGAAGGUCCUGGAGGAGGAGGAGCAGAGGAGGAAGCAGGAGGAAGCAGAGCGAAAAGUCAGAGAGGAGGAAGAGAAGAGGAGGCUAAAGGAAGAGAUUGAAAGGCGGAGGGCAGAAGCUGCUGAGAAACGGCAGAAGAUUCCAGAAGACGGCUUAUCCGAUGACAAGAAGCCAUUUAAGUGUUUCACUCCUAAAGGUUCAUCUCUCAAGAUAGAAGAGCGUGCAGAAUUCUUGAAUAAGUCUGUGCAGAAAAGUGGUGUCAAAUCAACUCAUCAAGCGGCAGUUGUCUCCAAGAUUGACAGCAGACUAGAGCAGUACACCAGUGCCAUUGAGGGAACAAAAACUGCAAAACCUACAAAGCCAGCAGCCUCCGAUCUGCCCGUUCCUGCCGAAGGCGUUCGCAACAUCAAGAGCAUGUGGGAGAAAGGGAACGUGUUUUCGUCCCCGACCACCUCAGGAACACCAAACAAGGAAACUGCAGGCUUGAAGGUGGGGGUUUCCAGCCGCAUCAAUGAAUGGCUAACUAAAACCCCGGACGGAAACAGGUCACCUGCUCCCAAACCUUCUGAUUUGAGGCCAGGAGACGUCUCUGGCAAGCGGAACCUCUGGGAAAAGCAAUCCGUGGAUAAGGUCACAUCCCCCACCAAGGUUUGAGACAGUUCAAGAAAGAAGCCAGAGUAGCCACUCAAGAUGCUGGAGCAGCCCAGUUGAAGAGGGCUAAUGUGCUCGGUUUUAUAUUUAUGUUGAUUUACUAAAUUGGGUUAAUUUCCUUGUGUUUUAUUUUUCAUUAUCCCAGUAAACCCAUGUAUAUUAUCACUAUAUUUAAUAAUCACAGUCUAGAGAAGUUCAUGGUAAAAGUACUGCCUUUGCACAGGAGCCUGUUUCUAAAGAAACCCGUGCUGUGAAAUAGAGACUUUUCUACUGAUCAUCACAACUCUGUCUGAGCAGUGACACCAACCACAUCAGAAGUCAAACAGGAGGAGGUUCAAGGUGAAAAUUGCCUGAGGAAUGUGUGCAGUCUCCAGAAAAACAAACCAUAGAGGGGUUUGGUGUGGUUAUUUUUUGUUUGUUUUUUUAUUUUAAAUACAGAAGUCAUGUUGUUUCUGCACUUUAGAAUAAAGCAUGGAAGAAAUUUUCUUAGUAGGCGAUUGUAACACUUUCUGAAAGUAAUCCAUUUCAGAUUGGAGAUACUGCAAUAAUGAUUGUCUUUUUUUUUUUUUUAAUGUACUGUUAAGGUAUUACUUUUUUCAUGCUGAUGACUAUCUAAAUUGGAAGAUGAUGUUAGAAGACAGUGGUACUGAUUUCUUUAGGUUGGUUGCUUUGUGGAUUUCUUUGGUAGUGAUAGUAAACCACAUUUUAGAUGACCUGAUCAUGUAUGUAUGUGCAUACACAUAUACAAACACACUAAUGGUAGAAAGCUUUGUUGUGUGCUAGACUAUUAUAUUUAGCAGUAUGUCCUUGUAACUAGCCAAUAUCACAGCUUUUCAAAAAUUAAAAAUCACAAUAUUAAUAUUCAUAUUUGCCAAUAGAGAAAUGGCAGAGUAGGUUAUCAGUAUGUUUUCAAUGCCCAAUAGAUAACUGUAAGAAAAAAAGAGAGAGUCAAAAUGUCAAAAUGAAUUGACAUUUUCUAUACAGCAUGGAAUUUAGCUUAUAGUUAAAAGCAAUCUUGAAGUCCAAUAUGAAUUUUACUCAAUCUACCAUCUGGGUCAAACUCAAAGCUUGCUGAGAACUGUAUUCUGUUAGCAAUCAAGUUCAAAAUAGGUUGGCCUAGAUGAUAUCUGAGGUUUCUUCCUUGUCUAAAAUUUAAAGGUGGGAAUCUUAGUGACAAGAUUGUACAGAUUGAAAUACUGUGUAUGUGUAUACAAAGACCAGCUUUGGCUAAUGUCUGGAAGCAGAGAAGAAAAGUAAGCAAAAUCCAGAAUUUAAGAGUCAUGACAGUCCUUCCAUCUUUAUUAUACUGAACCAUUUUUUUAAAUUAAAUGUUCCUCCUUUUAUUAUUAAUCAUUGGUACUUGUCUUAAGUUGAUAAUGUGUUGAAGUUUCAAAAAUAUACGUAACGUUUACUAGUUUUACCAUUUUCCCCAAGAGUCUUUAUCAACUCGUCUUUUUUACACAUGCAAUCCACAGAGCAGAUCUUAUUUUAGCUUAUAAGUUAAGUGCUUGUCUAUUCUUCACAGUAGAUGAUAAAAGAGUACUCCGGUGUCUUGGCAACAUGAUCUAGCGUAGAGAUAGAUAGGAUAGUUCUAUAAACUUAUACCUCAUUUGACUUAACCAAAAGUGUCCUGGUCUCAACUGCUACCACAAUGAGGGAGCCUCCCAAACGACUCUUUUCUAAUCUACAGUAUUUCCCUGGAAGAGCUAGCCAGGGCAGGGCUGGCAUGAGUAGUGACUGCUGCCUUGCAAAGUCUAUUUUCCUCAAAAAACAGUAAAGAGUAGUUGAAUUCUCUAGCUUUUAGCAUACCUGGGCCAAAGGAAGGAAAGCCACCAAGACUGCACAAGUCACCCACCAUGACAGAGUAGAUAUGAGUCAAUGAUAAGACAAACUAGAACCCACGUGCGGUGCCUUUUUUAGCCUUGACUCUCGUCAUUGGCGUGAAAUGGAUUGAAGUUUGAAUUAGGGCCCAUGGCGAUGUAACUUUGCUUUGUUGUACUUUUGAACAGGAGCUUCUCAUGAUCACUAUUAUAUUUUGUUUUUCUAGAAAGUCUAAAGUUGAGAAAAGAAUAUAUCAAUCCUGACUUUUAUUCCAAUGUUUGGAUGGAAUAAGUUUUAGGGUAGAAUUUUGUUCAGUUUGGAUUUAAUCUUUUGAAAAAAUAAAUCCCAUGUUUACUUGUUUGAUUACAAUUCUCUUUGUUAUCUUUAAGAGGUAAAACUGCAAGGUGACUAGCAUGUUCUGUGAAUCUGCCAUUCCUAAAAAUUUUAUAAACACUUGAUGUUUUUCACUGAUAAUUGAUCGCUGCAAUAAAUAUAUAUUGUGAAAAUGCAUCCACAAUAAAUGGAAU